AUGUUCGGGAUUCAGGAAACUAUAUCGCGGGGUGGGACAACGAUGAAGGAGGAACCGCUGGGUGGGCUGAAUUCAGUCCGCUCAUGGAUGCACACAGCUGGGGUGGUGGAUGCGAAUACAGCCGCCCAAAGGUACGCAUGCCAAAUCAUUUGAUUUUCUCAUGCAUUUCUCAUAUCGACCCUCACUCCCCUGUAUCAAUUACGGUCUCCCAAUGCCCCCCUUCGACUCUCCUCUCUUUCAUUACAUCAUAUUACCCUUAUUGUAACAAAUCAAGAAAUCUCUCAUACUCAAACGUGAUUCCACAUCUUCACUGUUUUCAUCAGCUCCAUCAUCUAUCCCCCGUGUCUGAUACUUAACCGAUAUGGUCUCUUGUUUUCUCCCCGCAGCGGUGUUGGCUUGGCGCGGGCACACUAUGAAAAGCAGCCGCCUUCCAACCUCAGAAAAUCCAAUUUUUUCCAUUUCGUCCUGGCACUGUACGAUAGACAGGGUCAACCCGUUGAGAUUGAAAGGACAGCUUAUGUGGACUUUGUGGAGAAAGAUAAAGUAAGCGCUUCAUGAGAAUAUAAUUUAUUGAAUUUCAUCAUCUGUACUUUGAAAUUAACUUUAUGUAUUUAGAGAUGUAUGUGGGUCAAUAAGACAGGUCACGUGCAAUAUCGAUUUUUUAAACCCCAUUCGUCGAUGACAGGAGAGUGGUUGUCAGAGCUAAGUCUUAUUUUUGACAAAUUAUACAUUUUAAAUGAUGAAAUAUCAGAUAGUUAGAUGCUUUAUUUUCAACUCACCAUCAUCUCAUUGUUGAUUGUUUUCAGGAACCAAACGGUGAAAAAACGAACAAUGGGAUCAUUUACAAAGUACAGUUGUUGUACAGCAAUGGUGAGUGAAACAAUUAUUUUCAUAAAGUCAGUAUCACCCAAAAGAUAAAGACUAUAAAUAAUAAUAAUAAUAAUAAUAAUAAUAAUAAUAAUUUACAAUUAAUUGAUUUGCUACUAAAUAAUUAUUUACAGGUAAAAAUAUGUAUGAUGUAGAUAAUAGUUUUAGAAAUUCUCUCGGUUAAAAACAAAUAAAUGAAUUUGUGUUUUGUCAUCAAAUGUACAUCACAUAGCCUAUACAGCCCUACCUCUGUCUUAACUUGGUAUCUUUUCUCCCCCAGGCGUCAGAACAGAACAGGAUAUUUUCAUACGGUUAAUCGAUUCCAUGACGAAGCAGGUAUAACCUACUGUUACUCAUAUAUUCAUACAGCUUGCUUACACUAGAGACAUUGCUUCUAUACUUCACCUGCAUUCUUCACGCAUGCAUAAUAUAGGCUAGGCCUAUUCAUGAAACGUGUUUUCUUUAUGCAAUCAUGCAUUGACUGAAAUUACAUUAUAGAUAGCGUGUAGACUUAUAGCAUGUUUUUCCGCAACUCUUAAGUAAAAAUGUAUCAAGCACUAAAUUACCAUAAGCUUAGCCUACAAUUGUGUGCCUAUACAAUAUAAAUUGAUGGCUUGUAAUGCUGGUGCCUUCUGCCGAUACGGAUAAAGUAUAUCAAUAGAAUAAUACAUACACUUGUUUUGUUUACAUAUGAGAUAUGAUAGGCUAUUGCAUAAUAAAGUAGGCUAUUUUAUUGAUAUGGAGUUACAAGUACGCCCAGUCAUGUUUACAUUUAGGCAUGUUGCUAGGCUUGACCCAUAUUAGGCUAAACAUAACUAGGCCUAAUGUUUGGAAAGAGAUUCUGAAAUAGCUCGUAUUGCUGAAACAUUUCCAUUCUUAUAAGAAUUCUCGAAAUUACACCCCUAAUCUCAUCACAUUAAGGUAAUUACACAUCUGUAAGAGGCCUUAUCUGAUAUUUUUCCACCAUGGUGGUUGUUAUUACUACUAAUUUACCGAGGGUUACAGCAGAUCAUCGGAAUAGAGCCGAUAAAGCUUCCACCACUCCGAGGGAAAAUUCCUCUGCGAAUGAUCAGAGUCAAUGACGCAGAACAAGCAGUUUAUGGAUUUCUCUGUUUCUACAGCUGCAAAUAGCGACAUAAAUCAAAUCAAUAGAGAUAAUCGCCCGGUGCUCAACAAAUAAAAACAGAGCCAUCAAAAAAGUAAAGUGGGGUUCAAUCCCAGUAAGAAUAAAACGUCAACAUUUCAGAGUGUAAUUGUGUAUUCUUUCCUCCUAAUCAUAUAGCCCCACUUUUCAUUCAAAAUGUCUUCAUUUAAUAAAUAAGUGCUAUGAUAAAUAAAAUAUGGCAUGUUACAGUGCCGUAUAAUAUGCUAGGUAGCCUAGUUAACUAAAGGGGAGCAAAGUGCCUCUCUUCAAGAUAGAGAGAGGGAGGAACCGAGGGAGCGAGAGCGGCACAACUGAUAGCUGCACACCAUCUGUUUCAGCCAAUGCUUAAAAAUUACUCAACCGUACUGCCAGACACCGCUUUUUAUCCACGGAAAGAUCAUUGUUAGCAGCUCAAAAUAAACAACAGAUUGCCCAUUAACACUUUCCCCCAAAUAUCCACAGAUUAUAACCAUAUUGAUGACACUUCAUUGAAACUUCCCAUAAAAAGCUUCUUCACAUAGGCUAAUUUGUUAUUACAAAAAUAUGUCUAGGUUAUAAUAAUAAUAGUACUUAUUAUUAUUAUUAUUAUUAUUAUUAUUAUUAUAAGUAUUAUUAUCUGCUAUUAUCAUUUGACAAACAUUGUAACAUGUUAUCAUUUUCGUACGUGUACAACAUUACACUUGUUUUUUUCACCAAUAACAACAUAGCGUAGUUAUAUAUUGGACUCAAUUAUUUUUGAUUAUUCUAUUUUAUUAAACAUAAUGCCGUUUAUAUUUAGGCUAAUGUAAAGAUGAUUAUAUACAGUUGCUCAUGUAUUCAGAUAUUUAAUGUAGGCUACACAUUUGUGUCUUUAUUUUUUCCAAAGGCAAUUAUAUAUGAGGGUCAAGACAAAAACCCUGAAAUGUGCAGAUGUCUUCUUACACACGAAAUUAUGUGCAGGUAAGUGUUGUUGUUUUUAUAUUUUACAUUUGAGUCAUUUAGCAGAUGCUCUUAUCCAGAGCGACUUACAGUUUUUUAGUGAGUGCAUACAUUUUCAUACUGGCCCCCCGUGGGAAUCGAACCCACAACCCUGGCGUUGCAAACGCAAUGCUCUACCAACUGAGCUACACGGGACUUUUUCUCCACAAACUCAAAGAUGUUGAAGAAGUAUACAGUUAUACAUUUAUAUAUUUUCUCCCCACACUUGUUUAUCGUAUUGGCAUAUGACACGGAGUAGGCCUACAAGGAGUGGAAUACAAACAGACUGGUACCCGGCUAGUUGUAGCCUACAGGGCCUCUUAGUCAAUCUAUUAGUCUGAUGCCAGUGAGUCUGCGCCUCAAAUCAUGGAGUCAGGUCUUGGUUGAUCCCACCUGUCAUCAGUGACCAGCGAGCUUUUCAGCGUCGUUUAACCACGCAAAUCUCAAGGUCUCAUGUUCCUCUGCUAUUCAACGGUGUCAUUGAUACUAAAAGGAAAAACGUAUUUUGUUUUUAUUGUUGAGCUCAGCGUGAGCUUUGUGAGAAGUUACUGAAUUCGGAUACUGUCGGUUAACCUUUCUUUUGUUUCACCGGCGCAUUGUUCAAGUUGUUUGAGAGCAAGUGCACCGACCGAGAACUGAGAAUGAUUAGCCUUAAAAACAAACAAAAAAACUCAUCACUCAUACAACAUUUUAUACAUGCAUCCAUCACUUAUUUGUGACACAUGGAAUAUGGUGCGCUCUAGAUAAAAUGUUACUGUCAGUGUCAAAGAGAAAGUGCAUUCUGUAGUGGGAGGCAGGUAGCCUAGAGCUUUGAGCUAAUAACCAAAAUGUCGCUGGUUCGAAUCCCAGAGACAACAAGGUGAAAAAUAUGUGGUUGUGCCAUUGAGCAAGGCACUUAACCCUAAUUGCUCCUGUAAGUCCCUCUGGAUAAGUGCGUCUGCAAAAUGUAAUAAGACUUACUGGAGGCUAUCAUCAUUAAAGAGGGCAUGAGGUUAUAAGUAGCCUAUAGGCCUACUCCAUGAGAGUAUUCUUCUGAUCUUUUUCGCUCUGGUAAAACAUUAAGUACAUUGUUGCACUAAUAUGCAGUAUUAAUCAAAUACACUCAACCUAUCCCUGUAUGCAUGUUGUGGAAAAUGCACAUCACGUGAUUUGACUGAUAGAAUGGACUCGCAGUAGCUUUUCAAAUGCAUUGUCUGUCUUCACUUGCCAUAUGGCAUUAAUCAAUCUCAUUUAGACCUGUGGCCAUUAUACAAGUAUACAUGUUCAUUUAAUUUCAAAUGGUAAGCAGUGGUAUAUUUGUGUUUAAUUUCAGGUUUAAUUAAAGCUCCAGUCAAAAAACUGGAGGUAUACUGUAGGUUUAGAGAAAAGAUGGUGGAAACAUGUGGUGGAGGAUAGAUUAGUGCUUUUGAGGCCAUAAUUGAUAAAUGCCCCACAGAAAUAUUGGUUGAGGGUGGCAUCUUGCAUCUCCCCCAGAAAUAGCAGCUUGGCAAUUAGAGGUAAACAAAAGCUGAAGCUGUGAAAAGUGACUCCCCUGCCUCCUGGCCCAGUCCCCUUUCUACUUUUCUUUCCCUCUUCUCCAGCGCUAAGGCAAACGCUGUACCACAAAAUGUGUUUUCUCAAUUUUCCAUUUUAAUUAUCCAUCAGCAUCCAUUAAAGGAUAGAUUUAGUGUACGCUAUUUCUCUAUUAUUUUUUGUGUUCGAAUUUAACACAAUGACGUUUUACCUUAGAAGGUGGCAUACAUUUUUAUGGAUCUAAUGUUCACUCUAUGGUCUUAUAAACAGUAACAGCCACUGUGGUGAUCUCAAACACACUCUUUCUUCCCCUAGCCGGUGUUGUGAUAAGAAGAGCUGUGGCAACAGGAACGAGACUCCGUCAGACCCUGUGAUCAUCGACAGGUAG